AUGGUGAUGGAUGAUGAAGGAAACAAGGGGAAACUCGAGGGCUUUGGAAAUUUGGCAGAAAAAUCUCAAAAUGCAAAAGAUGCAAGGACUAGCCAAAAACCACCACUAACAUCGAAGAAAUCAAAACAAAACGAACCUAACGUCGAAGCAAUCGAAUCUGAUGACAAAGACCUAUCUCCAGACACUUCCAAACCCACCAAACAAAGAAAGAAGAAACAGUUGAAGCUUCAAGAUGCUCAUGUCCAUCCAAAGGCAAAAACAAAUAAGGCGAAGAAACCUCCUGCCCCAAGAGUACUUGGGGCUGAACCUGGGCCAAAGUCGAAGAAAACUCCAGAACAAAUGGAAAGCGAUAACUUCAGUCUUGGGGAUAAAGGCCCUAAGGCUGCUGCAGGAAGUUCCAAACAUCCCCCAAUCAAACCUAUUAUCGCCACGAUCCUCCCUGAAAGCAGUGGAGCUCCCACAUAUCAUCCCACAACUCCUCUUGACUCCAAUAAAGGGUCUAUGGAUGAAGUAAAUAAUCCUGCUAUAGAAAUGCAGGAAGAUUCGCCACCCAAAACCGUCGCUCAGCACUCCAAUACUAGUGGUUCCGAACAUGGGGAUGAACAUGAUGAAGAUGCCCAUGUGGAAAAGGAUGUAGAAAUGCAAUAUGUUGGGGAAAUUCUUGAAGACGAAUUAGAAGAUGAUUCCCCCAAAACUAGCCAAGGUAUGGGUGAUCCUGAUGACGAAGAAGAAGGGGAUCAAUCCAUGUGUAACUUCGACGUAGAACCCAUAGAGGACAAGGAUGAGGAACGAGACGAUGAUGCUAAUAAGGAAAGGAAUUUACAAGAGGAUCGCUUCAACAAAAUUCAAAGCAAAUCAAAAACCCAAAUAGCAGAAUGGGAAGCAUCCACUGAAUCCAUUGCAAAAAGUGUGGAGUUGGAGAAGGCUUACGAGAAAAAUAAGAAGGAGGUCGAAGCUUGUGAUAAAAACAUUGAAGCUUGGGAACAACAAAUCAAAGAGUUGCAAACCAAGAUCGUCAAGGCUAAGGAGCGCAAAGAGAAACUCCUGAAACUGGAUGGAGAUACGAUGGCGAAGGAAGUUCAAAUUGACAUGCAUCAUGUGGAAAGGUCCCAAAAGCUGGGAGAAGAAAUUGACAUUCUUACUUGUCACAAAUCUGGAUGGGAACGACGCUUACAACUUCAGAAGUCGAAGUACCAGAAGAUGAAAGAAUCUCUCCCAUUUUGA